GCAGCGCGGCUAGCUUGCUAGCGUAUGCGCUGACGUUAGCCAACGCAGGCGCUAGCGUCAUGGUGUUUUUUGUUUUGAAUAACGUACGGCUAGCAGGCGACACCGUGCAUUGCGAUCGGCUCCGGGCCCUUGAACUAACGCAACGGGUCGCGGCGUUAGCGUUAUCUGAGGACAUUCAGUAUGGUGGCAUAUUGGACUUGAACAGGUUGGACACUGCUUGACAGGCUGCUUAGUCAGUCAGAGAUUGGAUCUGCAGUAGGGGAAAGAUGGGGAACACAGCGACCAAGUUCCGUAAGGCUCUCAUCAACGGGGAUGAGCUGCUGGCUUGCCAGCUCUAUGAGAGCAAUCCACAGUUCAAGGAGGCUCUGGAUCCCAACUCUACAUAUGGAGAGUCCUACCAGCAUAACACUCCACUCCACUAUGCUGCUCGGCACGCCAUGACACGCCUACUCAGGUAUUUUCUCCGGAACAAAGAUGGAAAUCCUAACAAGCGUAAUAUGCACAAUGAGACUUCUCUGCACCUCCUCUGCAUGGGGCCCCAAAUCCUGACCUCGGAAGGGGCACUGCAGCCCCGGCUCUCGAGGCCAUAUGAAGAUGAACAACGUCGCUCAGAGUGUCUACAAAUCAUCCUGGCAUGGACUGGAGCGAAGCUGGACCAUGGAGAGUAUGAGAGAGCUGAUAUCAAUGCUACAGACAACAAGAAAAACACCUGCCUGCACUAUGCUGCUGCCUCAGGCAUGAGGAUAUGUGUUGAGUUCCUGGUGCAGAGAGAAGCCGACCUGUUUGCAGAGAAUGAAAACCGCGAGACUCCAUGUGACUGUGCAGAGAAGCAGCACCACAAGGACUUGGCACUGUGCUUAGAGUCGCAGAUGGUCUUCUCUCUUGCCCCCGAGGCAGAGGGUAUAGAGGCAGAGUAUGCCGCCCUCGACCGAAGAGAGCUAUAUGAGGGCCUGCGGCCUCAGGAUCUACGCAGGCUGAAGGACAUGCUCAUAGUGGAGACCGCUGACAUGCUUCAGUCCCCUCUCUUCACUGCAGAGGCACUGCUACGUGCCCAUGACUGGGACAGGGAGAAGCUCUUAGAGGCCUGGAUGACCAGUGCAGAGGAAUGCUGCCAGCGCUCAGGGGUACAGAUGCCCCACCCCCCUCCAAGUGGCUGCAACGCCUGGGAUACCUUGCCUUCACCUAGGACCCCACGAACGACACGGUCCUCCAUCACCUCCCCUGACCAAAUCAGUCUCAUGCCUACUGAUGACGACUCCUCUCUGUGUGGUAUCUGCAUGUCUUCCAUCUCCGUCUUUGAAGAGCCUGUUGACAUGUCAUGUGGCCACGAGUUCUGCAGAGCAUGUUGGGAAGGGUUUCUCAAUCUAAAGAUCCAAGAAGGCGAAGCACACAAUAUCUUCUGUCCAGCUUAUGACUGCUACCAGCUAGUUCCCGUGGAAGUCAUAGAGAGCGUGGUGUCGAAAGAGAUGGACAGACGCUACCUGCAGUUUGAUAUUAAGGCAUUUGUAGAGAACAACCCAGCAAUCCGCUGGUGCCCUGUGGCUGGGUGUGAGAGGGCAGUUCGACUUAAUACUCAGGGUCCCGGCACGUCCACCUCUGACUCCCUUAGCUUUCCUCUCCUUCAAGCUCCUGCUGUAGAUUGUGGCAAAGGCCACCUCUUCUGCUGGGAGUGUCGAGGUGAGGCACACGAGCCCUGUGACUGUGAGACCUGGAAGAUGUGGCUACAAAAAGUCAGUGAAAUGAGACCUGAGGAGUUGGCUGGUGUGAGUGAAGCUUAUGAGGAUGCAGCGAACUGCUUGUGGAUGCUCACUAACUCCAAGCCCUGUGCCAACUGCAAGUCGCCAAUACAGAAAAAUGAGGGCUGUAACCACAUGCAGUGCGCUAAGUGCAAGUAUGAUUUCUGCUGGAUCUGUCUGGAAGAGUGGAAAAAGCACAGCUCCUCUACGGGAGGCUAUUAUCGCUGCACCCGCUACGAGGUUAUCCAGCAGGUGGAGGAGCAAUCGAAGGAGAUGACGGAAGAGGCAGAGAAGAAGCACAAGAGCUUUCAGGAACUUGACCGUUUUAUGCACUACUACACACGCUUCAAGAACCAUGAGCACAGCUAUCAGCUGGAGCAGCGUCUCUUAAAAACAGCCAAAGAGAAGAUGGAGCAGCUCAGUCGAGCCCUCAGUGGAAGGGAAGGAGGCCCACCUGACACUACGUUCAUUGAAGAUGCAGUCCUAGAACUACUGAAGACUCGCCGUAUACUCAAGUGCUCUUAUCCUUAUGGGUUUUUUCUGGAGCCCAAAAGCACAAAGAAAGAGAUCUACGAGCUCAUGCAGACGGACUUGGAGAUGGUAACAGAGGACCUAGCACAGAAAGUCAACCGGCCGUACCUGCGGACGCCGCGCCACAAGAUCAUCCGUGCAGCCUGUCUGGUGCAGCAGAAGAGGCAGGAGUUCCUGGCCUCGGUGGCCAGAGGAGUGGCUCCUAAUGACUCUCCUGAAGCCCCUAGACGGAGUUUUGCCGGUGGAACCUGGGACUGGGAAUAUUUGGGCUUUGCAUCACCUGAGGAGUAUGCAGAGUUCCAGUACAGACGGAGACAUAGGCAGCGGCGGCGAGGCGACAUGUCCAGUCUCCGUAGCAACACGCCCGACCCUGAUGACCCUGGUGAAAACAAUUUAGACACACAGGACAUGGGGAGCGGAUGUAGACAAGGGCCACUGAUGGGCCUCGGUUCUUUGGAUGAUGACGACCCCAACAUUCUGCUGGCCAUUCAGCUUUCACUCCAGGACUCAGCGAUGGCAGGGGGAGAGUCCAGUCACGAGGGCCUAGCCGUCGAAGCGUCACUUGGCGCGAUCGGCACCUCUCUGCCUUCGAGGCUUGAACAAAGAGCUCCCGGUGUGGACGUCCUCCCCAGAGCUUCCCUGAGCAGCUCAGAGCUGCUGGAACUGGGCGAUAACAUGGCAAGACUUGGCAACUACAACAUCAGCAGCCAGUACUCUGCUGCCCCCGGUUUCCCCACUGGUCCGCACUGUGACAGCCACCACCGGAGCUACGGGGCCUCUGUGCCAGUGGCUCCAGCUGGCAACAACUCAUCUAAAGGUCUCUUCUCUUCUUCCGGCGACGCGAUUGACUCGGCCAUAUGCAGCACUCAAGAUCCAUCAUCAUCCGCCGCACUGGGGGCAAACGCCAACCUUCUUGGCAACAUCAUGGCUUGGUUCCACGACAUGAAUCCCCAAGGUAUCACCCUGGUCCCCUCAAACUCCCCUGAGACGGAUUCAGACCUUGGUGCAUUCCGGGAAGAUGCAGAAGGGCAUCUGCCAGAUGAUGAGAACGCCAGUGUCCUGCCUGAAAGCAGGAAACCUCAGCAAGUCGCCUCAGACGUGGGUUUCUGUCCUCGCAGGCCGGGUGAUGCGGAGGAACAGGAGUGCGGUGUCGUCGAGAGGCCAACUCAGUUGGAUCUAGUGGGGCUGGACACCGUUCAGUUACCUUACACGGCCACAGGUGACACCGGUGGAGGCCAUGCCGAGCGUGGAGGCUCGAAGGUCUGCCAUGUUGACACUCCACAGUGUGACUCUGUAUCUGACCAGCUGCCCAGCACCAGCUCCUCCGAGUGGGAGGAACAAGUGCAUUUGGUAUGAUCUGAUUAGAAGCGAGGGGGAUCAAGCCAAAAGCCACUAUAUACUGCAAUUAACUGAAUAUGUACAAUAGCCAAUCACUCAUAUUCAUUUGGAAAGUGGUAUGUUUAGUAUGCUGUUACAGGCAGAUCGGUUCCGCGUGUUUACUGUAUCAUCAGCCUCCCUAAAGAACAGCCACCCUGAAACCACUAAGGGGACAGAUUACAUUUGAUAAUGUUACCUUCAAUGUUUCUAUGCUGACCGAAAUACAAAUCAAGGUUCAUUUUAUAGACGAUGAGAGAUUUGCAGACUUUAGCAUCUUGCAGGUAUUAUUUUUGUUCCACUGGAGUAAAAGCUUACUGUACGUGUGUGAAUCAGGGCAGAGGAAGACUUUUCAACUGUACAUAGUAAGCAGAUUGUUUUCUUCCAGUAUUUCAGCCUGUGUGACACAGGUUGAGGCCUAACGGUCACUUCUGUCCAUAUCUGCCUACUUUAUGGGUGCCAAACACUGACUCGCUAAAGCACAGUUUGCAGUCACCAAGUGGCUUCUUCAAUGCAAAUUGUGCCUGCUAAUUAACAACCUCCACAACUCAGCUCAAAUGUAAUGUGAACGCGCCGAGCCAUAAAUUUUAUGAGAUUGAAGCCGCGAGUGAUAUUCUCAAAUUUCCCUAAAAGCUGUCGUGUGCUGUGUGAACAUCUAGUUCGAUACCAUUAUAGUUGUGGACUUUAUCGUGUGAAACAUUCAAACUUAAUGGUGAAAGUGAAGAGUAGGUGGCUGGACUGAAGACAUUUCAUAACAGACCUGUCGAUGGUUAUUCCAUCUAAGCCUCAGUUCCUCAAUGACACAUGUUGACAGGUCCCGAGGGUCCACACUGUAUCAUUCAGUUCAACAGCUUAGUUAAAUUCUAUUGUUGAUUAUUGCAGCUCAAUGUGUAACCCCACAUAAAUACUAUGUGGACUACUGGAUAUGUGUGAAGUACACAGAAUGCCAGCGACAGAUAAUCAGGCAAUCAUAUUCAGAUUGAUUAAUGAAUGAAUCAAGCCCUGCCCGCUGUAAUUAAUGUCGGGGUCCUACUUAAGUGUAGUAAAAGCAAAGCCUUGAGAGAGCUCUGCAGAUGCUGCGGACUGCAGCGUGACGUGUGUAAAAACCAUGAAUGUGUAUUGCAUCUCAAGGGUGAUAAAACGGUUCUCUAGCAGUUUAGAGAUACAGUGCCUUUACACUAUGUCAAUCACCAUUACGUAAACCAUUCUGAGUGCUAAUUACACAGUAUUUACAGUGUAAACAAAAACACCUGUUACCUUAAACUUAUUUCGCUCAAGGUUGUAGUGUUUAUAGACACAAACUCCUCUUUUCAUCAUAAUACUUGUAGCACAAGGCUUUUUGUUGGCUCUCGUAGUAUUAAGUUAGCAGAUGACUUCGAUUUCCAUGAUUUGCUUUACUGGGUAAGUUACCACCGUACACUCUCAGACCUUGUUCAUAGUUUUAAAACAGGUUUGAUUUUCCUCUUGUGCGGCUUUUUGCCUGCACCAAGCAGUUGUUUUUUCUGUUUGGAAAACUAAAAUCACUGUAUUGACUUUGGAAUGAGUUGACUUAAUGUAUGUGUGUCAUAUAUCGUACCUAAAGACACUAAACGGAGGAAAGUUGCAAUAUAAAGUAGGUUAUCUAUUUGAAACCACACUGAUCCAUUAAAGAAGAUGGAUUGUAAAUGUCUUAACUAAUAAAACAAAGACUAAUGUCUGAAGUAAGCGGUCGUUCUUUUCUGGCAGACGUGGAGUCAUAGAGAUGUUCGGAUGUGACAGUGAGUGCCAUACCCUUUCUGUGUAACCAGGCUGUGCAUGAAGUGGGUACAGGUCUACAUAGAAUUUGUACUUUCUUUGUAUUUCACCUCUAACGUCCGGGUGAUUUAUUUUGAAAUGACAUAACAUUUUGUAACGCAUUGAGAUCUUCUAUUGUUAAGCAACUAAUCCUUGAAACGCUAUUUGCACUUUCAUAGUCUAUACUUGAUACAUUCCCACUUUAUAUGAAAAACGUUUGAUGUGUGACGCCAAUAAACUGUGUGUUGAGUUUUA